AUGUCAGUACCACUGCAGACUCUACCCAACAACGCCCAAGGUGGAGGACAAAUCGGCAGCAGUACGGGCGCCACUCAGAGCAGCCAGACUCAGGUCAAUACCUCUGCGGGAAGUCAAACUCAGAACACUGGUUUUCAGGGUAACCAGGCCGCCAAUGCGACCGUUCCAGCCUCGAACGUUAGUACCACACCCAGUGGGAGAAAGUCUCCAAUUGCGUGGUUGAAAGGCCUCUCCACUUGCGAAAUCAUUACUGGAAUCUUUGCAGUAAUUGGAAUACCUACGUUCGGCCUCAUGAUCUACUGGAGCCAGAGGCAAGAUGAGUACGGAUCGACGCAGACUGCCCUCGCGAAGACGCAAACGGACCUCGCGAAGAAGGCUGACCGCAUUCAAACUUGGAAAGACUGCCGUGAUGAGAGCCUUAAUCUCAUGAACUCGACGAUAUGCGAUUCUUAUAGAGGCCUAAGUUACGACGAUGUUGUUAAUGGCAAUAUACCGUCGCUUACGAAGAGGGCACUACUCUACACGGGACAAGCUACUUACUGGAUUGUAAGAAGACUCCAGAAAGAAUUUAUGACGCGCUGUCACGAAAUUGUGGCUACGGGAAAUCUCGAGAUCUGGACCCUGGUAGCCAUGAUUGGAGGCGGAUUUUUUCUCGCCAUGACGGUUUUGGACCCCCAUCAGGCCGCUCGGUGGGAAUCGGAGUUUUACAGACAACCUAACAUUGACACUGCCUCUCGAACACGCAUGCGCAUGCAGCCAAUGACACGGCCGACGAGCGUUGGUCAUUGGAUGUUUGCUACGAUGAACGGACACUAUAGGGGUACAUUACUCGGAUUCGCAACGGUUACUUGUCUCCUCACGGUAUAUUAUCCAGGGGCAUAUGUUAUAUCUUGGUACCUGAACAUCCGGAAACCAUGA